AUGGCUUCUGAUUGGUGUCUUGAGGGCUCCAUAAAAGGAGAGAUCUGGAAAGUUACCGUUGCAAAACAGAGACAGAUUGUAUUUCUCGGGCUGGAUCAGGCUGAACUGCGUGUGCAUUAUUUUCCACGUCUCAUUGUCACAGAUGUUGAAGAUUUGAAGUCCGUCGUGUCGACUCUGAGCGAACACAGCAGACUGGAGAACAUGCUCUCUCUGAAUCACACUGCUGAUGAACAAACAGGCCAGAAAAUGAACGAAGUGCAUCAGGAACCAGACCUGCUGGCCCUCAAGUUUCUUUAUAGCAACACAGAUGCACCCAAAGACACCACAGAGCCCGUCAGCAGCUCUUCUUCUGGCACAAGCAUGACUCCGCUCCCGGCGUAUCUCUCGGCGUUAGCUGCUAAACCGCGAGCGGCCCCGCGGGGCCCCGGCGCUAUAGAGCAGAUGAGAGCGGAGCUCCGAGAGCUACGAGAUGACCUGGACACGCUGAAGUCUCAGCACAAGAAAGAAAUCAAACUGCUCCUGAACGAACUGGAUGAAGAAAAGAAGAUGCGUUUGUCACUGCAAAUUGAAGUGGAAUGUCUUAAGAAGCACAUGUCCAAGUGAGCCAGCUCUGAUGAAGCCGUCAGACAUCACAGAUACAGACAUGGAGUCUCGGCCAAACUCAAGUGUGCAAUGAAGAACUUACAAAGACUGAGGAAGAACUCCGUGAACAUAUUGCUGUAUAAAACACGUUUUGGGUUUGAAACCAUGCACGAUGACUGGAAAGAGAGAGCAACCUAUA